GCACUAUAUUAGCACCGCACCACGACGUGCGUCAUUUUCCUUCCAGAGGAGCAGCUAACGAAGUAGGAGCAUUGUCGGACAUCGCUCUGUUUUGCCGAAAUGGCAGUGUAAACGCGUGCAGCGACCCAGCAGCAGCCAACAAAACAGUGCAUCCAACCAGUGCACUGAGUUACUUCUAAUUCAGCAAAAAUGUCGUCUUACACGGAAACCCUCAGCACUGCUGCAUUCGACAGCAUAAAAGAAUUCAACACUCUCCUAGCAUCAUCACGCACUCCGUUCGUGACCAACAACAGCCACUAUGACCAUGAUGAUGACAAACUCACAGUUUGGCCUGGAAGACAUGGAGGACCUUUUCUGGGCCUCCUCUCCCAUGGCUGACGUCAUGGGCUCUGCGUUCUUUCACCCUGACCUAGAAGAAAAACAGGAAGGAGGAGGAACCUCACUGGAGGGGGGCACCUCACCUGCGUCACCUCUUACCACCUCAUCGCUGUCUUCUUCCUCCUCUCCUCCUCCCUUCUACUCUCCUCGCUCGCCACCGGCCGCCCUCCAUGGGGACAAAGCUGGGACUGAGUCUGACGUGCUCUCCCUCCCCUGGCUGGGCCACCCUGGUCCACUGAGAUGCAGCCAGAUGGCGUCUGAUGACUGUAAAGAGGAUGCAUUUUGUGACCUGGACUGGAUGGCUGAGAGGGUGGAUCUGAGAGAGUUUGACCUGGACUCUCUAAUUGGCUCCUGCAGCACCACCGAGGACUCCACCAGCUCUCCAGAAGACCUCCUGGCCUCCCUAGAUUGCCCCAUGGAGCUCGACUCCCUCCCAAUGCCCAGUCACUCAACUCCUACACCCCCGAGUUUGUCCAGUGCGUCACCUCCUCCUGUCCUUCCCACUGUCUGUCCAGAUCUUCCUACCAUUACAGUGAAUGGUUCUGAAUCCUGUGUUGAUGAGCAGGAGCCCCCCUCUCCUCCCCUGUGUGUCCCAGAGCCUCAAGAGGAGCUUGAAAUCAAAUCUGAGACAGCUUCCCCUGAGCCGUCUUCUCCCUUGGUUGACUCUCCUUCCUCACCAGCCUACACCCUGGACCUGGGCAGCGAGGUGGAUGUCUCAGAGAGUGAGGUGAAGCCAGUGGUAGCUGCUGUGAUCCCUCAGGUCCCGAGGCUGGUGCUCUCCCUUUCCCCGACCCGCAUCGUCCUCGUUCUGGCUCCUAAAAAUGAAGUCGAGGUCACCACCAGUACUGUAACCACGACAUCAGAACUCACUCAUCCCCCCACCCCACAAAGGUCCUCCAGAAGCAGACCAUACCCUGAGCCCAAAUGCAAAGCCAGCCCACCCUCUCCCAGUGUCAAGGUGAAGGCGCUGCAGGGUGCGGGUGGCGAUAACAGGGCAACUUUCAAGGCACCUAAGGACAAGAAAGUAAAGAAGAUGGAGCAGAAUAAGACGGCUGCUACGCGCUACAGACAGAAGAAAAGGGCGGAGCAUGACAAGCUCAGUGAAGAGCAUGCACUGCUGGAGAGGAAGAACAUGGAGCUGACGGAGAAAGCUGAAAGUAUGGCCAGGGAGAUAGAGUAUCUGAAAGAGUUGAUGGAGGAGGUCCGCCUGGCCCGGAUGAAGAAAGGUGUUGGUGCUGACCCCUAGUGGUUGGACAGUGUGUGUAAUAGGAAGUGGGGAUUUUUCAAGGUCAUGGCACUGCUGAUUUUAUUUCUUGAAGGCAGACAUGUCAGUAUAUGAGAGUAAUUCCUUUUAAGAUAUCCAACACUGGUAUUACAUGUAGAAUAUAUCUAGUCAUAUUUAGAGUAGUCCUAUAGAGAUAAGUAUUUUCCAUUCAGUAUAUGCGCUUGUGUGCUGUUUCUUAUGUGUUUCCUAAAUCUGAAUCUCAGUAACUUGUAAGAUUCUUAACUUGUAAAAUGUGCAUGUUGUAGUGUAACAGGACCCCCUGUAUAGUCAGUCUGCUAAUAAAGAGUCUUAAACCUG